AUGGUGAAAGAAGCGGUGGACGCACAGAAGACUAAAUUCGCUUUCGAGCUUACCGAGUUGUCGCUGAAAGUUAAGGCUGUAGAGAAUAAACUAGAAGCGCGUCUAAAAGCCGAGCGAGAAGCGAAGCGCUCUCAACAGUUGUGGUCUGCCGGGUCUUCCUUACUCGCUGCUUGUAAGAAAGGAGACCCGCAUGUCUGCGUGGCCAGAGAAAUUAGAGCUAUCGAAGCUGCUGUUGGUGAUGGUGAUAAACUCGUGUUGACUGUUCUAAAAUCCAUACCAGAGCAAGUGCGCAAGGAAGGACUGGUGCCAGAGAGCGUACUGCGCGAGCGAUACCAUCUGAUGGAAAAAACGGCCAAACAUGUGGCCCUGGUGGAGUUAGAAGGCAGCCCGAUGCCAGUCUACAUCGUCUCCUGGCUUCAAUCCAUGCUUCUCUUUAUGAGGCUAUCUGGCAUUCCACAAAAGGACAUUGACAGUCCGAUAAAAACUAAGAAGGAACUUGAGGAAUUAGACACAUUCGACCGAUUAAAUUAUGCCAGAUAUUGGAUAGAGCAAGGAAACCUGGCCCCAGCGCUCCGCUACGUCGAGUCGCUAGAGGGCGCCUCUCGCGUCGCCGCCGAUCCUUGGUACAAGGAUGCUAAGAGCCAUCUCGAGAUCAAGCAAGCGGCUGAGGCCGUCAUAGCACACGCUACUGCUUUGGCCUUGCAAUAUAUUUGA